AUGAGUAUCAGAUCCACCACGGAGCAUGAUGUUGAUGACGCAGUAAUUGACGUGUUCGGUUUCGGCUCUGAUGAUGUGUUUCUGAGCUCACACCUGUUCAGUUGUGGUUUUGAGCUGGUCUCAUUGUUUUUCUCCAGUCCCACAGGAAAGAAGUUCCGCAGUAAACCUCAGUUAUCCCGCUACCUCGGGAACUCGGUGGAUCUGGGAUGUUUCGACUUCCGCACGGGCAAAAUAAUGCCCAGCAAGAUGCAGAAGAACAAGCAGAGACUGCGCAGCGACAACCUCAACCUGAGCAAGGGGAAGCCGGAUCUGAACACGGCGCUGCCCAUCAGACAAACAGCCUCCAUCUUCAAACAGCCGGUCACUAAAGUGGUCAAUCAUCCCAACAACAAAGUCAAGACAGACCUCCAGAGAGCCACGGAGCAGCCGCGACAGCUGUUCUGGGAGAAGCGUCUGAAGGGCUUGCGCUCGUCGGACGUGUCGGAGGAAGCGCUCAGGACGAUGGAUCUGCCCAGAGGUUUACAGAGUAUGGGGCCGGACUCGACGGACGAGACGCUUCUGUCGGCCAUCGCCAGCGCUCUGCACAUGAGCUCGGCGCCCAUCACGGGUCAGACGUCCUCAGCGGCCGAGAAGAACCCGAGCAUAUGGCUGAACACAUCGCAGCCGCUCUGCAAAGCCUUCACCGUCACAGAUUAUAUGUUUCCUAUCCUGAAAUAUGGCUGGUAG